UUUAAAACAGUGUCUGAAACUUUAUUACAGUUUUCAUCGGGUAGACACCUCCACUGCAAAGAUGGUCAACGUACCUAAAACCCGAAGGACUUUCUGUAAGAAAUGUGGCAAGCAUCAGCCUCACAAAGUGACCCAGUAUAAGAAGGGCAAGGAUUCCCUGUAUGCCCAAGGAAAGCGGCGCUACGAUCGGAAGCAGAGUGGUUACGGUGGGCAGACAAAGCCAAUUUUCCGAAAGAAGGCCAAAACCACAAAGAAGAUUGUGCUGAGGCUUGAGUGUGGGGAGCCCAACUGCAGAUCGAAGAGGAUGCUGGCCAUUAAGAGGUGCAAGCAUUUUGAACUGGGAGGAGAUAAGAAGAGAAAGGGCCAAGUGAUCCAGUUCUAAAACUUGUGUCUUCCAAGAGGAAAAUUCGGAAGCAGUAGAAAAAUGACCUUUUAGAAAAUAAAGUUAUUGUUCCUGAUUACCUAA